UUGAAAUGUUCAAUCUCUUCUGGUGUAUCAUUCCACUACACUAUUUUUCACUCUGUUAUUUAUUACCUGAUAAAUUUCGAAUCUAUUGUUUUGUUAUUGUCUGUGAGAUUACCAGCCAAUUUGGUCAUGGUAAUGAGGUUCUGGUGCAUCCAAAAGUGUGGCUGUGCAUCGAGAGGAUCCAAAUGACUGCCGGCAAUUUAUUUACUGAUUUACAAAUUACGUUGCAUCAUAAAGGACAGCUAUUUAUUAUUAUUAUCAGUCAUCCACGGUUUUCCCAUGAACCAUUGUAGUUUGGGUCCUAUCGAACACGGCCUAUUACAAUGUAGGCAACAUAGCAAAUUAGACCGUUGAAAAGGUUAACCCAUUAGUUUCAAGUCUAAUGAGAUGUUGUCUGUUAAUUACUUUGUUUAUGUUGCUAUUUUUAGCAUAUCCUAAAAUAAAAUAAUACAUUUAAUACCACAUUUAAAAUUUUUAUUACAAAAAUAUAUGCAAAACUUUGAAGUCAUUACACAGUAUUAAGCAUGCAAUUAUGUUGUUAUAACGUUAUAAUUCCAGAGAGAGGAGCGCACCAGCACCAUGUCUUCCUCAGACACGCUCCACUUCCGUCUCUUCAGCCCCGCCCAUGAUGAUUCCAUCCUGCAAAAGAUGAACCGUCUCCGGGAGGAUCAGCGUUUCUGUGACAUCACCCUCAUCCUCGGGACGGGGUCAGUCCGCUUCCAGGGUCACCGGGUGGUCCUGGCCGCCUCCUCUGCCUUCCUCCGAGACCAGUUCCUGCUGCACGAGGGGAGCCGGGAGCUGCCGGUGGCUGUGGUACCCAGUGCCGAAGUGAGCCAUCGCCUGCUGCUGUCCUGCUACACGGGCCACCUUGAGGUCCCUCUGAGGGAGCUGGUCGGCUACCUGACGGCGGCCAGUGCCCUGCAGAUGAGCCACGUGGUGGAGAGGUGUGCCCAGGCCGUCUCCCAGUAUCUAGACCCCACACUGGCCCAUCUGAAGCUGGAGAGGAGCCCAGAGACCGAGGGGACCCCUUCACCACCACCAGGCAAUAUCAAACCUCAACCCAGCUUAGCCUGUCUGGACAUGGGAGACGUCAGGGGGGAGGACCCAAAGGACAGGGACUUGGACUCAGAAGAUAGUUUCCAGAUGGUUCAUACCAACAGCCCAUACCUCUACACCCAGUACCCUCACCCGACAGGCGCCCAUAGACGCAAGCAGCGUCCGCCCACGUCUUGCAGAGAGUACAUAGACCGGACGUUUUCACCCGCACCAAGUCCUGGUCACAGCAGCUCAGGAUUGGCUGACAGCUCCCAGGACCAGGAAGUGGACGGGAACUCCGGAGAGGACAUGUAUAUGCUUGCUGCUCAUCACAUGCAGGGGGUUGGUGGGGGGUCGCUGAGACCAGAGUCUCGUUUUCAUAUGGGACUGGUUGGAGGAAGGACUGGGGCAGAGUUUUCGGAAUGCGGCCAGGAGCUCCUCCUUCAGAGGCCCUACCUGUGCAGGAAGUGCGAUCGAGUGUUCCACCACCUGGACAGCUACGUGGGCCACCUGAAAGAACACAAGCUCUAUCUGUGCAUGCUCUGUGGGAAGUGUUUCAGUCAGAAGAGCAACCUGACCCGACAUAUCAGGGUUCACACAGGGGUCAAGCCCUUUCAGUGUCCACUUUGCCAUAAGACCUUUUCCCAGAAGGCCACGCUACAAGACCACCUCAAUCUCCACACAGGGGACAAGCCACACAAGUGUAACUACUGUGCAAUCCACUUUGCACACAAACCAGGCCUCCGGCGCCACCUUAAGGACAUCCAUGGCAAGAGCAGCCUGCAGAACAUGUUUGAGGAGGUAGUGUGAGGGAGUUGUGCUAUUAGGGAGCUGUUGCACUACUAAAAGAACAUGCCACGACAACUGGGAAUUAGAAUCUCAGAUUUUGUGUUCAAGGGAACUGGGAACUCUAAGAUGAAAAACAAACUCUGAUUUGUAUUUUUUGGGGUUGGGUUGCUUCUGAUGUCAAACUCUUAAUUCCAUGGAGAACAAUGCAGAUAUCACCCUAGAGGUCUUACUUUUGGACCUAAAUAGAGUUCCGAGUUAUCUUGAAAGUGCCAAAGACUCUAUUAUCAUUAAGCACAUACCAGUGCCUAAAGAUUUAAAACAACAAAAACAGGAGCAGUAAAGUUGUAUAAAUAUAUUCCAUAGACUUCUUUAACAUAUAGAGAAUAUAUUCACUUGUUUGCCUCUUUUAUGAAUUUUAGCUACUAUUUAGCACGUACAAUGUCUAAAUGAAUUCUACAUGGACAAAUGGGCCAGACAGAACCCAUAUAUUACUUAUGGUGUAGAAAAGGUGUUGAGUGUAAAACUCCUCAAAUUACCAACUGAAGGUUCAUUUGUUGUUUUUCUUCUUUCCUGAUAUUGCACUAGAUUUUCUCAUGAUUCUCAGUGAUUCUAAUAUGCGUUUUGAAGGAUAACAAAGAUACAGUGCAGUCCCUAAAUAUUUGGACAGUGACACAAUUUCUGUGUUUUUGCUCUGUAAUUGGAUUUGGAUUUGAAAUUAUACAAAUAAUUAAAAAUAAUAAGAUGAAAUUGCAGACUGUCAGCUUUAAUUUUUGGGUGAACUGUGUAGGAAUUGCAAACCUUUUUACAAACCCACGCCCAUUUUAGGGGACCAAAAGUAAUUGGACAAAUUAACAUUAUCUUAAAUGAAGUUGAUAUAUUUAGUACUUGGUUGCAAAGCCUUUGCAUUCAAUGACCUAUAUAUACUCUUUUGAUGCUCUGCCAAGCCUAGGCUGCAGCUAUCUUCAGUUACUGUUUGCUUAAGGGCAUUUCUGCCUUCAAGUCUUGUCUUCAGGAAGUGAAACGCAUGCUGAAUUGGAUUCAGUUUGGGUAAUUGACUGGCCCAAAUAAGAAUAUUUAACUUUUUGGCCUUGAAAAAUAAUGCUUUUGCAGUAUGUAUGGGGGCAUUUUCCUGCUAAAAGGUGAGAUGCAGUCCAAUGAGUUUUGAAGCAUUUGGUUGGAUCUGAUCAUGGUGUUUCUAUACACUUCAAAAUUCAUCCUACUACAACUGUUAGCCAUUACAUCAUCAAUGAAGACCAGUAAGCAAAUUCCAGUGACAGCCAUACAUACGCAAAUCAUAACACCCUCCACCCCUCAUUUCACAGAUAAGUUGGUAUGAUAGUUAUUUUUUUCUUCACACUUUUGCCAUCACUUUGGUACAUGUUAAUCUUUGUCAUGUCCACCCUCCACAACUUGUAUAACUCUGCAGGCUCUUGGUAUUUUUGAGGCCAGUCUGUUUUUUUAGGCUAACUAGUGUUUUGCACCUUGUAGUCCAGCCUAUGUACAUUAGUCUGCCUGGUAAAGUGUUCUGCCAAUAAUAGUGGCUGACACAUCCAAGUCUACCACCUGGAGUAUGUUCCUGAUCUGUUGGACAGUUCUAUGUUUUUUUUUUU